AUGAAUGUCAGGUCACUCAGGGGUCAAAUGGUUCCAACUUCUCCGAUAGCCACAAAAAAAUCCCACUAUAUAAGGAAAUAUAAACCCUGCAUACAGCAGAGUAAUAUCCUUCCCUUUUAUUCUCCAGAUUGGUGUCUUUGGAACUUAUCUUGUGGUGACGUUUUGGAGCCUGGCUUCACGCGCGAAGGUGAACCGGAUUCAGGCGUUAAUCUCCAACCAGUGCGGAGUGCUUCGUCUGAUCUGGAUCCUACUAAUUUCUUUGAAAGCGUGAGUGCAUUAGUAGUUUUAAAUCCCUUUAAAUCAUUUUGA